GCAAGGAAGAUCCGAAUGGGGCAACGUUCCUCUCCCCACCUCACACCCCGCUCCCUGGCCCGGGGUGUGCCCACUAAGUUAGCUUAUGUUCCAAGCUUCUGGAUACAGACCUAUUUACGUCUGGGUCCCCGGCGGGUCCUCGCGGUGUCUGCGGUUCCCGCCCCCGUCGAGUUGAGCCGGACGCGCGGCGCCUGCCCUUCCCCUGAAGCCCGUCCGACUGAUCUGCACCUCCCUGCAGGUGCCCGUCCACCUGCCGAGAUGACUAGCCUCCCAACCACGCCUUCUCCAGGAGAAGAACUGAUGGCCACCCCAAUCCUACAGGCCACUGAGGCCCUGUCCCCAGAAGCUGAAGCCAGCACAGCACUCAUUGCAGUUGUUAUCACAGUGGUCUUCCUCACCCUGCUCUCAGUCGUGAUCUUGAUCUUCUUUUACCUGUACAAGAACAAAGGCAGCUACGUCACCUACGAACCUGCAGAAGGCGAACCCGGUGCCGUCCUCCAGAUGGAGAGCAACUCAGCCAAGGGCAGGGAGAAGGAGGAAUAUUUCAUCUAAUGGUUCCCAGACCCCAAGGAGCUUAUCCAGGCUUCAGUGCUAACAUACAAUUUAUUAGGUGGAAGUUUUAUCUGAAACCGGUGAGAAGCAUCGAGUGAUAUGGGCAGAACUGAGCUCCUUCUGGGACACAGGCACAAGUGCUAACAUCACCGACACCAGGGACCAGGGACACGAAGAAAGCUGCUCGUGACGUCUCUAGCCAGGCCUCUGUCAUACAGCCGGUGCUUCUGGCUGACCACCGAGGUUGAGCUGUACCAGGCAACACUGGAGUAUGUGCCCAGUCAUCUUCACUUUUUCCACAGGUCGAAGGGAAGGAGGAGAAUUGGGGGUCACUGGAUGCUCCUCUGUCCCAUACCUGGUCACCUAGUGACAGCCCAAGUGGAAAUAGUGUCCCAUAGAAGUUCUUCCCAGAGGCCGGACACCACAGUGCAAGGCCAGGCCAGGAGGGCAGGAGACUGUGGAGACCUCUUUCGUGAUGAACGUGCCACAUCCCUUAAUCUGAGCCCUUCCUUUCCAUAUUCCCAGCAAGCCAGACUUAUGCUAUUUUUCUCGGAAUUAAAAUCUUUCAUUGAUACAGAA